CCUCGCGCCGCUCCUCUGCCCGUGGCAGGCUCACCGCGGCCCCCCACCCCCACCACAUACACACACUUUGCCCCCGGGGAAGGCUCAGCCACUUUUUACGGAGGAUGCUCCCCCUUCGCCCACCAGGCCUCGGCUACUCUCCACACCGCCCCCCACCGUCCCCCCACCCCGCGCGCCCAUAUCUCCUAGGGGAGGCUUCUACCUGCUUACACUUCCUGCAGCUCGCCUUGGCCCUCCUCCUCCCGACCCUCUUCCAGCCAGCCCUGUCCCCCACCACCACCCUCUUUUGGAGAAACAGCCUCAAAUUCCGGAAGUGGAGGCUCUGGCCUCUGCACAGUCUCCUGGGAGCCGUGGUGGCCAGGGAUUUGGAGAGGUGGGACCCAGAUGUGAGGGGACACUUCUGGUCAGCGUCAUCCUGGAUUUCUGGGUACUGCAUGGCCUCCGCCCACCUCGCCACCACCCCGUGCCUGCCCAUUCCACGCCCCACCCCACACCAACCCCUGGAAGCGCUGUCACGACUAGAUAUCGGGUCUCGGAAGGGAAGUAACCAUCGCACCAUUAAAAAGCCUGUGGACCUUUCUGUUGGCUUGGCCUCUUCUUCCCAAGGGUGGGCAGGGCAAGACCCAGCCCCUGAGGUUGGGGGUGGGCAGGGGAGAAGAGCACAGGAUGGAGCUUGGCGAGCAGAGACCAUCCUGGAGGCAGACAUUCCCUCCACCAAGGAGGAGGAGGAGACCAGAAGGUCAAGUGUGGUACAGGUAACUUACUCAGGGUCACACAGGCGCAGGAGACUGCCCGCUCCCCGCUUCCAUUAUCUUGAUAGCAAAGCUUGUUGUCAGGUGCCUGGUUGGCUCCGCUGAGGGCGGUCUAGAGAUGCUUGGUACACAGAGAGGGAGGAGGGGGAUUCUCCUUUGCUCUAACGGUAACAGAGGCAAGAGCGUUUGGGAAAACCCUAAGAUUGGCGGCUCCCAAUGAUAGAGGAAAAACCCGCCGAAACCACAAGCUAACAUGGUCUGUGGCCUCUCCACGUCUAGACGCGUACCCUGCUGGUAUACUUGUAUCCCAAGUUAUUCAUUGAGUCACUCUUUGGGAAGUCCACAAAGCCUUAUCUGAAAAUCUAAACUGGAGAACGUUUUGAAAACUGUGGGAGAGUUUUCAUUGGAUUGUUGCCAGUUUAUUUGGUAUGAAAAACCUGAUGGAAAAAAAAGCUGUGCAUUGCCGGGCGUGGUGGCGCACGCCUUUAAUCCCAGCACUCGGGAGGCAGAGGUAGGAGGAUCGCCUUGAGCUCAAGGUCACCCUGAGACUCCAUAAUGAAUUUCAGGUCAGCCUGAGCUACAGUGAGACCCUACCUCGAACCAUCCCCACCCCCGAAAAAAAUUGUGCAUGGUGGCUCACUCCUGUAGUCUAGAACUCCAGAAGUAGAGACAGGAGAAACUGACAAGAGUUCAAGGCCAGCCUGGGCUAAAUGUAAGACUCUGUCUCAAAAAAAAAACAACUGUUUAUAUGUUUAUAAUCUUUAUUACUUCUAACUAUCAUACAUGUUUUCACUGAGGGGAAAAUCUUUUUUGAGACAAAGUUUCACUAUAUUACCCAGUGUGGUUUCAGACUUGUCAUCCUCCCGCCUCAGCCUCCUGAGUGCUGGGAUUACAGAUGUGUGCCACCAUCUUCAGCUCAGUGAAGAGAUAACUGUUUUUGACCAUGGGCACUUCUCAUUAUCCUAUUCAUAACAUGUGGACUAUGCACUGAAUUAUCUCUUCAAGUUUAUUUAUCUCUAAUCCAGUGUCUGUGGUCUCAGUGGUUGGAGUAAGAGAUGGUGCCCCUAUAAAAGUAAUGGCUCAAGCCAGGCGUGGUGGCGCACGCCUUUAAUCCCAGCACUGGUUAGGCAGAGGUAGGAGGAUCACCGUGAGUUCGAGGCCACCCUGAGACCACGUAGUGAAUUCCAGGUCAGCCUGGGCUAAAGUGAGACCCUACCUCAAAGAAAAAAAAAAAAAGUAAUGGCUCAGAAGUGACCCAGGUGGCUCUUAACUGGGGUUGGUGACCACGGUAAGGCCUACUCACAUGAUGCGGGGGGGUCGUCACUGGGUACUGUGAAACCCUAGAAUGGAGGAAGCUUGUCCUUGUACGUGCUUAUGAGCCAGUUUCCACAACUGAGGAAAAGAGACGUGUGGGCACUGCGGGGCUCUUUGAGUGAAGAGGAAGGUGGGAUGAGUAAGAAGUCUGCGGCCCUUGGGGGUGGGCCAAGGAGACUGUGCCGUAAAGUGACGUCAGUAUUUUGCAUUUUAAAUCCUAAAUUCACUCGAAGCGACUCCUUCACCUAGUGAACACAUAAUUUCUGUGUCAAGCCAGGCUCUGAGAUACAACUGGGGUCUUGGACAUCUAGAACCUCCCUGGCCCCCUGGGGCCCCCUUCCCCCUGACUUGAAAGACAGUGGGUUCUAGGGCUUUCUGUGGGGCCCCGUGUACUGUCAUCUUCAUUCUUGUUUAAAAUGUCCAAAGCGGGACAUACCUGUAGUAAAUGCUAAAAGCAUAUAAAAUAAAACAUGAACCACUCCCCCCCCCCCCCCGUGCAUGAAUCUGACCAUCAAGAGAUGACUUGUGACUGGCUUGGUGUGUACCGUUACAGACCUUUUUUUAUGUUUAUAACAAUAGCUAUCUCUUUCUGUCCAUAUAUAUUUCUUAUAAAUAAAAAGAGGAGCAUAUUA